AUGUAUACGCAAUCCCUACCAUUUCGAAAUCAAGCUACAGGCGGCUGCUUUGAUGAGCAAAGUAAUAUUGCUACCACCCAAAAUCCAGAACCUGGGAUAGACCCUGCAGAUCUGAAGCAUCUGGGCGAGAACCUAAAGAUACUCCCAGUGCCAUCAGUAGACGACGACCUCGAAACAACGGCCAAGAAGAUGGGAGCAUUAGCCAAAGUGGUCAGCGAUGGGAACAGCCUAGCACUGUUCACAGGCUUACAGUUGGCCUCUCAGCACUUGAGAGAUCCGGAGAGCAUAGCCGUAUCACAGAUGACACCAGACGAACGAAUGCAAUACGAGGCAUGGCAGAGGGCCAGAAAAGGUCGCACUAGGAAGAACACCGGCGUCCAGGCGAGUGAAGAGACAUCUAACCGUGGUCAAAAGAUCCCACAUGACUUCGACUGGGUCCAAAACGUAGCUCCAGUGCCUGAUGGCGCUCAGAGUUUGAAGAAGUUCACCCAGCGCGCAGCAGCAAUGGACAUCAUCUGGGACCACCAGGGGGCGACGCCCGAGAACGCAUCGUGGCUUACUUUCAAUCAACCAGCCAUUCUGCCUCUUGUCAAGGCUGUCUGCAGGGUCCGCACUGCCGAGAAACACCGCCAGAAUAAUCGGGAUCCCAGUAUCCGCGGGUUGACGGACAUGGAGGCAGCAGAGGUUGAAACCGUGCGGAAAAUCGUGUCUCUUGCGGAGAGAAACAGGACACGAGAGCUGGAAAAGAUCCGAAAGCUGACCAGGUCAAUUACGGAGUCAGCUGCGGUGAUCAAGGCCCGGAUCAAAUUUCUUGAAGACAAAAUGGACGGCUGA